AUGUCCCACGAAUUUGAAAAAGCAGACGUGGACUAUGUCCCAGACGUCGAGCUCACCAAGACGGCCACCGAGGCUACCAAUGCCUGGGAGACUGAGUUCUCCCCCGAGGAGCAAAGACGAAUUGUCCGUCGCGUGGACCGCCGACUCGUCGUAACAGUCGGCGUCAUGUACUGCAUAUCGCUGAUGGACAGAACCAACCUGUCAGCCGCCGUCAUUGCCGGUAUGGCCAAGGAGCUGGAGCUCGUCGGCAACAAAUACUCGAUCGUAACUCUGGUGUUUUUUGUAACAUAUAUCGUCUUCCAACCGCCGUCAACCGUCAUUAUCCGCCUGGUUGGACCGCGCAUCCAUCUCGCCGUCAUCACACUGCUCUGGGGUUCUGUCAUGAUUGGGUUUGGCUUUGUCAAGGACUUUUCCCAACUUGCUGCCUUGCGAUGUGUCCUUGGUAUACUCGAGGCUGGAUUCUUCCCAAGCUGUGUUUAUCUGCUGAGUACCUGGUAUACAAGAUACGAGGUCGGCAAGCGAUAUUCGCUGUUCUAUGUUAUUGGCUGCGUUGCCUCUGGAUUCUCUGGAAUUCUUGCUUUCGGCCUCAUGCAGAUGAACGGACUUCAAAAUCUGACUGGGUGGCGGUGGAUCUUCAUCAUUGAAGGUGUGCUCACUUGUGUGAUUGCCAUAGCCAGCUACUGGCUCCUGGUCGAUUUCCCCGACUCCAAGCGCAAACUUUGGAAGUUUCUCGACGACAAUGAGCGGGCCUGGAUUGUUAAGAAGAUUAACGCCGACCGAGGCGAUGCGGAAACGCCCAAGUUCCAGCUCACGAAAUUCCUUAAAGCUGGUCUAGACUGGAAAAUCUGGUGCUACGCCCUCAUCUUCUUCAACACCACGACCGUUACCUACGCGCUGGCCUACUUUAUGCCCAUCAUCCUCAACACCAACCUUGGCUUCAGCGUGGGUGCUUCGCAAUGUCUAGUCGCGCCGCCUUACGCCUUUGCCGGCUUCGUCAUGUUCGGAACCGGCUGGCUGGGUGACCGCUACCGCAUCCGCGGCCCCAUUAUUCUUGCCAACAUGGUCUUGUGUCUUAUUGGUAUUCCCAUCAUGGGCUGGCACCCCAACCCGUCGGUCCGCUACUUUGGCGUCUUUCUCGUCACUGCGGGCGCCAACUCCAAUGUCCCGGCGGCCUUGGCCUACCAGGCAAACAACAUUAGAGGCCAGUGGAAGCGGGCCUUUUGCAGCGCAACCUUUGUCGGCUUUGGUGGAAUUGGUGGUAUCGCUGGUAGUCUGGUAUUCAGAUCGCAAGAUGCCGCGACGGGCUACAAGCCUGGUCUAUACGCAGCCAUUGCCUGUGCCUUGCUCAGCAUCAUUCUUGUGCUGAUAGUGGAUACCAAAUUCUAUUUCGACAACCGCGCUGCUGACAGGGGUGAGAAGGAAUUGGAGCACGAAGAAGAUGAGGUGCGCGAACGCGGAUUCCGUUACACCUACUAG